UUCGCUGCAGAGAUCCCACUGCCUCUGCUCUCACGAUUAAUCGUAGGGAUGGUGUUGACAGCGAGAGGCGACGGGCGGCCCGUUGUACAUGUUUGAAUAGCUGACAGGGCCAGUUGAAGAUACAUUCACACGGGUCGAACACCAAUUCACCGCAACCUUUUCCCUCUGUGCUGGAAGACGACGCUGCCGGGCCGAGGACAACGUUAACGCUACUGAUGGAAUUCCCAGUCGUUGCUAGAUGGAGAAACCUAAAGGGUGGACUCGCUAUUAAUAAUUAAAAAAAGCCCCACCAUCUGCUGCUAAAAUAUAAGGAAAAUGCAUCUGCAUCAGGUGCUGACGGGAGCUGUAAACCCUGGAGACUGCUGCUAUUCGGUGGGAAGCGUGAAUGACAUUCCGUUCACGGCUUACGGCUCAGGUUGUGAUGUAGUGAUCUUGGCCAGCGACUUCGACUGUGUGCAGAUUAUCCCGGGAGCUCAGAAUGGAAACAUACAGGUGGGCUGUGUGGAGUGCUCCCACCAGCUUGGCAGGAUUGCUGCGUCCUACGGAAACACAGUCUGCAUCUUUGAACCUCUUUCUACCAACCCAAACAAACGCCACAAGCAGCUUAACUAUCAGUGGCAAAAGACAGGACAGUUCUUCCUUGAUGCCAUCACCUACAACCUGGCCUGGGACCCACAAGGGAACCGUAUCCUAGCAGCAACCGAGCGGCUCCAGCUGUGGGCUCCUCCGCUGACAGAUGCCCUGAUAGAGGAGGAGGAUGGGCAGUUGACUGACGACAAGCCCCACCCUGUCCUCAAUGACUGGAACUGUGUCUGGCAGUGCAAGACGGCUGCAUCUGUUCACAUUGCCAAGUGGUCUCCUGAUGGGGAGUACGUUGCAACAGUUGGAAAGGAUGACUGUUUACUCAAGGUGUGGUAUCCCACCACGGGCUGGCGCUCUGCAGUGGUGGUCCAGGAACCCUCCGAUAAAAAGCCUCUUCCUGUUAACUUCUCCUUUGUAUACCUGGCUCAUCCUCGCUCGGUCACUGGUAUGUCCUGGAGGAAGACCAGCAAGUACAUGCCCAAGGGUUCAGUGUGCAAUGUGUUGCUGACAUCCUGCGAGGAUGGUGUGUGUAGGUUGUGGUCAGAGACGCUGCUACCAGAAGACAGCCUGCUCGGAGGACAGAUCUCUGAGAACACACAAUCCUUCAGCUCCAGCCUGCCAGGACUGGCAGGCAAUAAGGACAAGAUCCAGCAUGCUUUAGAGUCAAUCCACCAUCUGAAGCAUCUGCGCCGGGGCCGGCGACGGUCCUCUGCUCUGGUGGCACACAGUGAGCUGCUGCCCUCUCAGCUUGGCACUCAAGACACACACACUCACCGCCACAUCGCUCAUCAUGCCAACGCCCUGUGUCACUUCCAUAUCUCGGCCAGUAUUAACCCCAACACAGAUAUCCCACCAGUGCUGGCUGACUCUGCAGUGUUCAACCCAGACGAUGGCACUGGUGGCGGAGGCUUCGUAGUUCACUGGCUCAACAAUAAGGACCUCAGCUUCACCUCCUCCAUGGACCUCUUUAUGCUGCAGCUGCGCAAGUUUUCUGAACAGCAGCUGGACCAGACUACUGACGACCCCCUGGAACCUGAAGGAUCCCCUAUGAAAUUUGACUUUGACCUGGACGAGAUGUCUGACAAAGCGUCCUCAGAGCAGGGUGAGGAGGGUGAGCCAGGGGAGCAGGGAAGCACCAAGGCGUCCUCCCCGGGAUCCAGCUCUAGCAUGCCUCUGCCCUCCAUGCUGCUGGAGAGGAAGAUGGAGACUCUGAUCACAGAGUGGAACAAGAGCCCGGACAUGCUGUUCACCAUCCACCCUACCGAUGGAUCUUUCCUGGUUUGGCAUGUGAAGUACUUGGACGAAUUCAACCAGGGCAUCUUCAGACAGGUUCAGGUGUCCUUUUCCUCCCGUAUUCCAGUGGCAUUUCCUACAGGUGACGCCAACUCACUGAGUAAAAACAUCCUGAUGUACGCCUGCACUUUGUCCGAGGGUGAGGGUGCCAGCGCAGGGGAGCAGGGGAGGAUGGUCCAACAUAUCUCCCGCUCUGCUUCAGUCUCGGCCGGCCUGGGUUCACCCACACUGGCCUCCUCUCUAAUCCCCCGCCCUGGUAUCAGUCCUGCUGUCAUGAUGGUCUCAAAGCAUGUUGAUGGAUCUCUUAACCAGUGGGCAGUGACAUUUGCUGAGCGCUCUGCCUUCUCUAACGUACUGACCGUAUCACAUAAGUUCCGGUACUGCGGCCACCGCUUCCAUCUGAACGACCAAGCCUGCCACACAGUGCUGCCGCUGCUGCUGACCUCCUCUCACCAUAAUGCUCUGCUCACCCCUCCCUCAGCCCCUAGCAGUCUGGAGGGAGAGCAGCCUCCUACGUUUCCGCUACCAAAAGGACUUCCCAGGAAGCAGCUCCGUAAUGCAGCAACAAGGACCUUCCAUGACCCAAACGCCAUCUACAGUGAGCUGAUCUUGUGGAGGGUGGACCACAUUGGACCCCUGUCCUGCACCGGAGGGGUCUCAGAACUGGCUCGAAUCAACUCUCUGCACACUUCUGCCUUCAGCAACGUUGCUUGGCUACCUACGCUAGUGCCCAGCUCUGUACUUGGAACUUACUGUAACAGUGCCAGCGCCUGCUUCGUGGCAUCAGAUGGUAAAAACCUGCGUCUCUAUCAAGCCGUGGUGGAUGCCAGAAAACUCCUGGAUGAGCUGUCGGACCCUGAAACAUCUAAACUGGUGGGCGAAGUGUUCAACAUCGUCAGCCAGCAGUCCACUGCCAGACCUGGAUGCAUCAUAGAGUUGGACGUCAUUACAAAUCAGUGUGGCGCCAACACCCAGCUGCUGCACGUCUUCCAAGAGGACUUCAUUCUAGGUUACAAGCCUCAGAAAGAAUCCGAAGCAUACACACCGGCCUUUCCAUCAGGCGAAGAUUACCAACCCGCCCCGUUCUCUGAGAAGUUCUUCCUGGUGGUGAUAGAAAAAGAUCUCAACAGGAACUCUGUCCUGCAGAUGUGGCACCUGCACCUCCAGUCUGUGCAGGCCUGUGUUGAUGAGCCGAGCCCAGAUUUUAGCUUCCAGAGCCAGCUAAUGGUUCCCAAUCAAGUUGCGAAUGCGGACUCGUCUCCGGAGACCUCACCCAUCAGACCCCUGCCUCGGUCAGCCUCAACAGCCAACUUGCAAUCAGCCAGCAAACUCAUCCUGAGCUCCAAGCUGGUGUACAGCAAGCGGCUCGACCUGCCCCAUGGGGUGGAAGUUACCAGGGCCACCCCCUCUGCAGGUCACCUGAGUUCCUCCUCCAUCUACCCUGUGUGCCUGGCUCCGUACCUGAUUGUCACUACCUGCUCUGACUCUCGCGUUCGGUUCUGGCGCUGUGCCGUGGAGGGCGAUGAGGGGUAUAGCGAGGAUGACCGGGACAAUCGUUCAUACCGCUGGGAGCCCUGGGCCCUGAUGAAUGAGGAAGACGACAACAACAGCGCUGUGUGUGUGUCUGGCCGGCCUGUUGCUGUGUCCUGUUCCUACAUCGGCAGGCUGGCCAUGGCUUUUAAAAAGCCACGACAAGGACAGCUGCAGGGCUCUAGAGAGGACUUCUCCAUGCAUGUGUCCAUAUAUGAGUGUGAGUCUACUGGUGGCUCAGAGUGGGUUUUAGAGCAAACUCUCCACCUGGACGACUUCACCAGACCCUCGUCGACCCUGGAUCCAAGAGUCAGUGUGGACUCCAACCUCUUUGUCUACAGCAGGUCUGACCUGUAUAUGAGCAGAGACCACAGCUCCCCCAACAUUAAGCACUACGUUCACUUGGACUGGCUGUCAAAGGAGGAUGGAUCUCACAUCCUCACUGUUGGAGUCGGAUCCAACAUUCUCAUGUACGGCCGUAUCUCCGGCAUGGUCAAUGAACCGACCAGCAGCAAGGAGGGGGUGGCUGUCAUCACCCUUCCUCUAGGGGGCAGUAUCAAACAGGGCAUCCGCUCACGCUGGAUCCUGCUUCGGACCGUGGACCUCCUGUCCUCUGUUGACGGCACGCCAUCUCUGCCAGUCUCCCUGUCCUGGGUGAGGGAUGGCAUCCUGGUGGUGGGCAUGGACUGUGAAAUGCACGUGUAUGCUCAGUGGCAUCAGGACAAGAAGCCUGGUGAGGGAGACGAGGGCAACCUGUCAUCUGCAGACAUUGCUGGAGGUCAAGCCGCAGGUACCUCCUCAGUCUUUGAAGGGAGAGCCAGGUCUAAGAGUGUGUUUGAAGGGAGUGCUGCAGUGGAUGAGGCGCUUCGUGCCCCGGCAGGACUUCAGGAAGGGGGACUGUUUGAAGCAGCUCACUCACUGUCUCCGACUCUACCCCAGUACCAUCCCACCCAGCUGCUGGAACUCAUGGACCUGGGAAAGGUUCGCCGUGCCAAGGCCAUCCUAGCUCACCUGGUGAAGUGUAUUGCCGGGGAAGUCGCUGUUGUAAGGGAUGUGGAGGCAGGUGAGGGCGGAGCCAGGAGACAUCUGUCCCGAACCAUCAGUGUGACUGGCAGCACAGCAAAAGACACCAUUGUGGCUGGCCGCGAUGGGGGUAGAGACUACACAGAGAUCAACUCCAUCCCUCCCUUGCCCCUCUAUUCCCUCAUGUUGGCUGACCUGGACACCUCGUACAAGGGAGCGGAAGAGGCUGCUAAGGGAACAAAGGCGUCUGAUGGUGAGGGGUCCCAGAAAUCUGCAGAGGACCAGUAUGCUGACCUCUUCCAGAUGCAAACAGUUACCACUGAUGAUUUUGUGAACUUUGCCACCGACAAACCAGAGAAGAAGUCUCGAGUUAUCAACCUGUCUCAAUACGGACCUACCUACUUUGGACCAGAGCAUGCUCAGGUUUUGUCCAGUCACCUCAUGCACUCCAGCUUACCAGGACUGACCAGAUUAGAGCAGAUGUUUCUGGUGGCACUGGCUGAUACUGUUGCAACCACCAGUGCUGAGGUCACCAGCUCCACUGAUCAACAGUACACAGGUGGUGAGGCUCUUGAUGAGUGUGGACUGAGGUACCUGCUGGCCAUGCGUCUUCAUACCUGCCUGCUCACCUCUCUGCCCCCCCUCUACCGCAUGCAGCUGCUACACCAGGGCCUAUCAACAUGUCACUUUGCAUGGGCCUUCCACUCGGAGGCAGAAGAGGAGCUGCUCAACAUGAUCCCAGCCAUGCAGAGAGGCGACCCACAGUGGUCUGAGCUCAGAGCUGUCGGAGUGGGUUGGUGGAUACGCAACAUCAACACUCUGCGGAAAAUGGUGGAGAAGUUAGGCAAAGCUGCGUUCCAGAGACACAACGACCCUUUAGAUGCUGCUCUCUUCUACUUGGCCAUGAAGAAGAAAGCUGUCCUAUGGGGGCUCUUCAGGUCUCAGCAUGAUGAGAAGAUGACUCAGUUCUUCAAGAACAACUUCAGUGAAGACCGCUGGCGAAAGGCUGCUCUGAAAAACGCUUUCUCCCUGCUGGGCAAGCAGCGCUUUGAACAGUCCGCCGCCUUUUUCCUACUGGCCGGAUCACUCAAAGACGCCAUAGAGGUAUUGAUGGAGAAGAUGGAGGAUAUCCAGUUAGCCAUGAUAGUAGCAAGGCUGUAUGAGGCUGACUUUGAGAAUUCAUCCACCUGCCAAGGCCUCCUUCACGAGAAGGUCCUGGGCUGCAACAGGGACGGAAGUGGUUACCACUGUUCCAGACUGCACCCUGACCCGUUCCUCCGCAGCAUAGCUUACUGGAUCAUGAAGGAUUACACCCGAGCCCUGGACACACUGUUGGAACGAAUCCCCAAAGAGGAUGACGAGAACCCUGAUGUGAUGGUGAAAGCCUGCAACCCCGUGGUGUUUAGUUUCUAUAACUACCUGAGGACACAUCCUUUGAUCAUCCGUCGCCACUUUGCAAAUCCAGAGGGCACAGCAACCACUGUGGGCCUCACUGCUGAGAAGAGCAGCGCAGUUGAGAUCAACCUCAUAGAGCGAAAACUGUUCUUCACCACUGCCAAUGCACACUUCAAGGUGGGCUGCCCAGUUCUGGCUCUGGAAGUGCUCUCCAAGAUCCCCAAAGUCACCAGGAAAUCUGGCUCCUCACCUCUCAGCAAAGCUUCGUCCAAGGCCAACCUAAACUCGAGCCAACCUCUGGAGAAUGGCACCCAGGGAGCUGUGGGCUGGGGCUCUCCAGCACCUCCUGCCUGGGGAGGGAAUGAUAGUGCUGGCGGGUUGGACUGGAGCCAGCCUUUGGUCAGAGUGGAAGAAGACGAGCUGAAGCUGGACUGGGGACAGGACAAGGAAGAUGAUGAAGAUGAAGAUGAGGAUGGUGAUGGUCUGACCAUGAAGAAAACAGACGAGGAGAGUGGUGGCUCUAAACUGCAGAGAGAGGACUCACAGGGUGAGUCAGAGGUGGACGUGAUAGCAGAGCAGCUGAAGUUCCGUGCCUGUCUGAAGAUCCUGAUGACAGAGCUGCGUACGCUGGCCACAGGCUUUGAGGUGGAUGGAGGGAAGCUCCGCUUUCAGCUCUACAGUUGGCUGGAGAAGGAGAUAGCAGCCAUGCAUAAGAUCUGCAACUACAAGGUGGAGGGUAAGGAGGAAGAGUCAGAAGUGGAACGCUGGAAAGAGCGCACAUCAUCAGUGGACAUAUCAGACGACAUCCUGGAUCGUACAGAGGCCGGGGCUUACGAGCGUCACCAGAUGGAGCGACGACGUCUUCAAGCCAAGCAGCAGCACUCUGAGAGGCGCAAGGCGUGGCUGAGGAAGAACCAGGCCCUGCUGAGGGUGUUUCUGUCCUACUGUAGCCUUCAUGGAGCCAAGGGAGGAGGCGUCACCUCUGUUCGCAUGGAGCUUCUAUUUCUACUGCAGGAGAGCCAGCAGGAGACCACAGUAAAGCAGCUGCAGUCUCCUCUGCCUCUGCCUACUACACUGCCUCUGCUGUCAGCUUGCAUCGCCCCCACCAAGACAGUCAUAGCCAAUCCCGUUCUCCACCUCAGCAACCACAUUCACGACAUCCUCCACACCAUUACCCUCAUGGAGGUCCCGCCGCAUCCUGACAUCAUGGAUGAUCGAGUGAAUGCUCUGCACACACUCGCAGCAUCUCUGUCUGCCUGCGUCUAUCAAGCACUGUGUGACAGCCACAGCUACAGCAGCCAGGCAGAGACCAACCAGUUUACAGGGAUGGUGUACCAGGGCCUGUUGCUCAGUGAGAGGAAACGACUCCGCACAGAAAGCAUUGAAGAACAUAUAACUCCCAACUCCGCUCCUGCACAGUGGCCAGGUGUGUCAUCCCUGAUUUCUCUGUUGACGUCUGCCAGAGAGGAGGACCAGCCGAAGCUCAACGUGCUGCUGUGUGAAGGGGUCAUAGCGGUUUAUCUUUCUCUGCUCAUUCACGGCCUGGGCAUACACAGCAGCAAUGAACUCUUCCGCCUGGCAGCACAUCCCCUCAACAACCGCAUGUGGGCCGCAGUCUUUGGGGGAGGGGCCAAAGUCAUUAUUAAGCCAAAGAGGCCCGAAGCCCCACCAGUGCCAGCUGAUUUUGAGGCAGCCAGGCCAGAGGAAUCUCAAGAGACAGGAAGACCUGAGCAGAGCAGCCUCACCCAAAACCCCACUCCCAUCCCCACUGAAACGCAGCGCCCCAAACGACCCCUUCCUCCCGUUUCAAGGGGAGAGGGGUUGGGCACUGUGGCACCAGCAACUGAGGCCAGCUCAACAGCUGGGCCUAGCAAGGAGUGUUCAGAGGCCAAGGCUGAGCAGCCCUCUCAGACUAAUUCUGAAUCUGAGACUAAACCAGUGGCUCCCCCUCAGCCUCCAGCGGAGGACGUGGAUCGAUACAGACGUAGGUUCAACAUGAGAAUGCUCGUUCCUGGACGCCCUGUAAAGGAGACGCCAGCCACCCCACCUCCUGUGCCCACAGAGAGACCCACAUACAGGGAGAAGUUCAUUCCCCCGGAGCUGAGCAUGUGGGAUUACUUUGUGGCCAAACCCUUCCUGCCGCUGUCAGACAGCAAUGCUCUGUGUGACUCAGACGAAAGCGGCGCAGAGGAUGAUGAAGACGACGAUGACGCUUUCCUUUCUGACACUCAGAUAACAGAGCACUCUGACCCUAACUCCUACAGCUGGGCUCUGAUCCGCCUGGUCAUGGUGAAACUGGCUCAUCACAAUGUCAAGAACUUCCUCCCUCUCACUGGCCUCGACUUCACAGACCUCCCAGUCACCUCACCUCUCAGCAACGCUGUGUUGAAGACUUUAGAGAACUGGGAGCAGCUUUUGCUGGAGAAAAUGAACAAAUUUGACGGCCCGCCUCCCAACUACAUUAACACUUACCCGACUGACCUCAGUGCAGGGGGUGGCCCUGCCAUACUCCGACACAAAGCCAUGCUGGAGCCAGACAACACACCCUUCAAGACCAAGAACCAUCAGUCCUUUCCAGCCCGACGGCUUUGGCAUUUCCUGGUCAAACAGGAAAUGCUUCAGGAGACUUUAAUCCGUUACAUCUUUACCAAGAAAAGGAAGCAGAGUGAGUCUGUAGAGAACCAUAUGGACCGUAUAAGCCCAAACUGCAUAGCAGGAGCUAGCAGUCCCUAUAAGGUGGAGGCAGAUCUGGGCUACCCAGGAGGCAAAGCUAAAAUCAUUCAUAAGGAGUCUGACAUAAUCAUGGCAUUUGCUAUCAAUAAGGCUAACUCCAACGAGAUAGUGUUGGCGUCCACUCAUGAUGUCCAGGAGGUGGACGUGUCUACUCUGGUGUCUGUCCAGCCCUACACCUGGAUAGGGGACGACUUUGAUAAGGAGUCCCGCAGCUCUGACGACAUAGACCAUCGUUCCUCUCAUACCAACAUCGCCCAGGCGAGCUCUGUCCCCUUUGCACCUCCACAGAUGCCAGUCUCUGCAUCGAUGCCAUGGCUCGGCAGUGGGCAGACGAGCAUGGGAGCCAGCGUGAUAAUGAAGAGGAAUCUAAACAAUGUGAAGCGAAUGACAUCCCAUCCCAUAUAUCAGUAUUACAUGACAGGGGCUCAGGACGGGAGUGUGAGAAUGUUUGAAUGGAACAGACCUCAGCAGCUUAUUUGCUUCAGACAAGCAGGCAAUGCCAGAGUCACCCGGCUUUACUUCAACUCCCAGGGCAAUAAGUGUGGAGUUGCUGACGGAGAGGGCUUCCUCAGUCUCUGGCAAGUCAAUCAGACGUCCUCCAACCCCAAACCCUACCUGAGUUGGCAGUGCCACACUAAGACCUGCGGUGAUUUUGCCUUCAUCACAUCCUCAAGCCUCAUCGCCACAGCAGGACAGUCCAAUGACAACAGAAAUGUUUGCCUGUGGGAUACUCUGAUUUCACCUAGCAAUACCAUGGUCCAUGCGUUCCCCUGCCAUGAGAACGGGGCCACUGUGCUGCAGUAUGCUGCGAAACAGCAGCUGCUCAUCACUGGAGGCAGAAAGGGCUUUGUGUGCGUGUUUGACAUCCGCCAGAGGCAGCUGCUCCACACUUUCCAGGCCCAUGACUCAGCCAUCAAGGCCCUCGCACUGGAUGCCUUCGAGGACUUCUUCGUCACCGGCUCUGCAGAGGGCAACAUGAAGGUGUGGAAGUUAAGUGGUCACGGCCUCAUGCACUCUUUUAGCACUGAACAUGCCAAGCAGUCAAUCUUCCGAAACAUCGGCGCCGGCGUCAUGCAGGUGGAGACGCGGCCAGGCAACCGCAUCUUCACCUGCGGAGCAGACGGCACCCUGAAGAUGAGGGUCCUCCCCGACCGCUACAAUAUCCCCAGCAGCUUGGUCGAAAUCCUGUAACGCCUACUUCCACUUCUGAGGGUCCAAAGAGGAAAGAGACAGGAAGAAAAAAAAAACCACAAAAAGCUUACGUAACACUCGCUAGGCAUUAAUAGAAUAAUUGAUGGGGGAAGAGUUAGUCAAAAGGUCACCAUGCUUUUGGCAUCUUACAGAGUGUGCAGUGUUCAUGGGUUUACUGUCGAUGUAAAUCAUAUCCACAAUGGAAAACGGAGCUGCAAAUAUUUUUUUUUCCCCAAAGGCUGAAGGCAAAGUUACAAGCAAAAGGUAUCAUACUUGAUUUUAAAGCUAGUUUUAUUGUAAUUUUAUUGAAGAAUCUCUACUCUUAGAGUGUGUCCAUAGGGAAGCUAUGCAUGUCCUGUUCUCGUUACGCGGUGCAAUCACAGGUCUAUUGAUAGUGCUCUGUAAAAGUGCUCAAGCAAAAAUUUUAAAAGUGUGUAACUGUCGUCAUUUUGUGCCCACAGCUGAAAUCUCUUAGCAUCUACUGUAACCAGCACUGUGGUUUGUUAUUAAGUCAGUGGUUUCCAGUGUGAAUCGAGUUGUUGGAAUCUGCAUUUUGUUUCAAUGGUUUUGCCCCCCUGCCCAGCCACCUGCCUUUUGCCCGGCUUCUCUCAGCCCUCAGCCCCCAUGGAAGAGUCAAUGGUGCAUCGCUGCUGUAGUGACACCACCCCCCAAACCCCAACCUCCAUGCACCCUCACUCUCCUCUCACUGGCUGCCCGUCACUCACUCUGGCCUCUCCUGGUUUGGGUUCGACCCGGCUCGGUGAGGUCCUUGAGCGUGUGUGUUCACUCUGCUGUGUCUGUCAUCUGUAUGCCUGCCCGCCCACCUGCCCUCAAAUGCCUGUUUGUGUGGCCGACUCACUGCUAGAACAUUCCUGUUUGGAAGAUGAUGUGUUUUACUCCUGUGACUGUGAUUUCAAUGUUUCCAUCUGUCUGGUCCGAACCCAAAUGCCCACCCACCCAGAGCAGAAACACAAAGGUUCACUUCUGGUUUUGCACAAGAUAUUCUUGAUUUUUUUUUUUUUAAAUUAAUUUUAUUGUAUUAUUUAAAUUAUUUAUAUGUUUGUUUGGUUGACCAUUCCUAUUUAACUUAUUGCCUUUUAUUUUAGGAAUGUAAGGGGUUUUACUGUAUCUGACUGGGAGAUGUGCAACACAGUCUACUGUAUGUAAGUGUGUGUUACCUCGCUAGUUGUUUUUACUGUUUCAUCCAUAAGGAAUAGAUAUUUGCACUCAAAUUCUGGAGACACUAAAAGUUUAUUUCAAAUAAAUAGGAUAUCAAAGAAGAAACUGUUAUAUACAAAUGAAUGUCUGGCUUUAUUUGGCCUAGUAGUAAAAUGUUUGAAAUAGUUUUAAUAUAUAAAUUAUAUAAAUAUAUAUAUAUAUAUAUGAAAUACCACAACAGCUUGUAAAAACAUGAAAGCAUUUCUUUAUUUUUUGGUUUGUAUCAUACCAGCUGGAUUAGUUGUAACUUUUGUUAAGUGUAUGUAUGGUAUUUAUUAAAGAGAUUGUGUUUCUCUCCCUCUUUCUGCCCACUAUGUGUAAUGUAUGUAGCUUAAGUGUUUUACCAAUGGUCCUACUGGUGUCUGGUGUGUAUGUGUGUGUGCAUGUAAUAAUGCAAAAGAAGCCAAUAUCAUGGGUAGACGCUUACUAGGGCACUUGAGCCUGGAGGUGUGUGAGAGAACAGGUCAUGGUCAGAGUUUUACCUUUGUAAAGUGAAUAAAUUCUUUUUAUUUCAUCAGGG